AUGCAUCUUGAGAUUGGGGGUCUCCGAGAAACCACAUAUAAGCUGUGGGACACACUCAAUGAACACUUGUCUUCUCCACAGAUGUUUCACUUUGUGCACGUGGACCCAUCCUCCAACAAGGAGAACAGUUCUGUUCGUCCUCCUCCACCUUCAGCUGGGUGGGUGAAGGAUCCAGCUUGGAUCGAUGGCAGUGUGAACCCACCACGAUUCUACUACAAUCACAUGGAAAUUGAGGUGACACACCGGGCUGCACUUACAGGUGCAUUUGGCAAUUUUCAACCUGCACAGUUCAGUAACAGUGCUACAGGAUAUAGAUAUCCUCUGCAAGCUGCAGUGGCUCCUUCUGCUGGGGUGCUCACGCAGGCCGAAGCCAUGGCGGUCAUUGCUCCUGCCCCUGUACAACUUGUCACCAUAGCUCCUCCAGUCCCGGUGCAUGCUGACAUGCCCAUCGCACCACUACAUGCUGCUUUAGCACAGGUUGAGCAUCCUCUUGCAUCAGUACAGGAAGGUGGCGAGCCUCCACAUGCGGAGCAAUUCCAAGUUGGCAAUCCUGGUGCAGCUGCACCUGCCGUGCAGCCGCAGGAAGCCAAUCACUUGAUCAUGCUGGCCACCUUGUCCAUCACUGAAAAGAUCAAGACCUUGAAGUUUGAUUACAUUAUCCUUGAGGGCAUAUCUCGCACGAUGUUCAUCACGAAGAUUCUUGGUGUUCAUGACCUUGCAGAUCAAUACUCUCCCAGUGUUCAUUCAGGCCCAAUCUUCAAGCUGUGGUUCACGGGUUCAAGGGGCGGCAAGACCAGUGCUGCAUCAACUGAGAAUGAUCGCGAUUUUUCGAUUACGCUCGAGACACUGCUGCACAAGAACAAGAAGAGCUGUACUGUCAGUGUGGAGCUUGACCUUGACAGCAUGGAGGGUUUCUGCACCCGCAAGCGUGCUGCAGUAGCCAUGCAGGAUGCAGUAAAUGACGACGAGCUUCUCUAUGGAACUAAGGUUCCCAGAGCCGAGGGCUUCAGCGAGGAGUCGCAACUUGAUGGCGGCAUCAUCCUCCAACUCAAGCAAAGAUGGCCAUGUCAGCAGCAUCUUGGUGAACACGAUGAACCUGGGUACUGUUACAUUGCGCCUUCUGGUGAGCAUAUUGGACUCAAUAUGCGCAAGCUCAAGAUUUGGGCCAGUGCCAUACGUGCACAUGAUUCCACCAAGCAUGAGCCGCUGAACACAAUUGAGUUUGAUGGGGUGCGUGAUGACCGUCUUCUCGCUAUCAAGCCUCGUGGCCACACGGGUCCUCAUACUGCAUCCAUGUCAAUUGACCUGUUAAUGUUGCUUAUGACGGCAAUGCUUUCGCUCAUCACCAUGCUGGCCAAUUGCCAAGGUGGUUUGCCGUCAUCAUCCACUGUAACUGCUGAGCAGAUGGCUCCUUCUCAAGCUGCAGGUCACCAUUCACUUUCUCCAGCUCCUGCCGUUGGACAGGAACUUCAUACCUGUCUCGCAGCCUUUGCGGCUAUGAAAAAUAUUGAUAUGUUGGAACAGGAAGGUCUUCUGUCACGACUCGAGCUUACGCCGGACAUUAUACCGGAGAUACCCACUUUCCAUAUCUCCGAGCUUACUGGCGCUGUCGAGGGGCAUGUCGUGAAGCUGCAGGUGUUCUGCAAAGAAUAG